AUGUCAUGGAGCGGCCGAGCGAUGAACAGAACGCGGAGCCAUUCGCUGCAGCAGGAGGCUCGCUUUCUUCGUGCAGCUGCCGGAGGGCAGUGGCAUGUGCUACUGCAUCUGCUGGAUCUGGAGCAAGGAGACCUCACCACCGAUUCGGCCGCGCACGCAUUCGUACUGGCAGCCGCAGCCAGACAGUUGGAGUGCUUGGAGCAAUUUUUGGCGAAAGGCAUGAACUUGCAAUGCUGGGGUGUUAAAAAGGCAAUGGUAGAGGCGGCCGCUCGCAGCUCGAUGGACGUGCUGAAGCUCUUGGCGCAGGGCUUGGCCAUCCAACGCGCUUGGGGGCAGCGAUUGCGUUGGCUUCAAAGCGCUUCGAUGCCUGGGCCAGCGGCGCAGUAG